UUCUUUUUCCUCUUACAUUAACAUUUCAUCUGCCCAUCUGCAAAAAUGUUGAAAAUGGAGUUUCUUCUCUUCACCAUCCUCCUCUUCUCCUUUCUGGGUCUUUCUGGUGCAGGUCAAGAAAAUGUUCAACUACUUCACCUCCAUGACACAAAUCUUGAAGUUUCUCAAGAAAUGUCUAACUCAGGCCUCUCUCUAGCCAUAUCUGUGAGCAAUGAUGAUCUUAAUGGAGUUUCUAGCAGUGUUUUAAAGGCUGAAAAUUGGCUUAAAACCCAUGUUUUAGCUUACUUUCCUGCCACAAAAAUUACUACUAUUAUAGUGGGGAACAAUGGUUUUUGUCAUCAAGAACAUAACUUUGGUAUGAAAAUGAUACUACCAUCUCUUAAAAACAUUUAUUAUUCACUUACUAGGUGGGGUUUGGAGAAAGAAAUCAAAAUUUCUACAGUGUUUGAUAUCAACUGUUUUCACCCAAAAGAUGAGAAAUUUACUCAAUCUUUACUUCAAUUUUUGCAUGGUACAAAUUCUACUUACUCUAUAAAACUUCCUUCAAAUUUCUCACCUUUUUCAGAUGAAUCUCUCAGUUUUAUCUCUUCUAUAACAAAACCCCUCAAAAAGUUUGAAUCUUUUUACCCCAACAAGAUUAAUUUGAUAGUUACCAAACAAAAUCAGCAAAAACAACUCAUAAAAACUACUAGAAACCUCAUUGAAACCUCAUUGCAACACCCCAUUGAAUUUUCAGUCCCAGCCAACAUAGCCAAAAACCCUCACCCUCCUCUAUCUCAACCAACUUCUGCUCCACCGCCGUUUAAUUUCCCUUUCUCGCCGGAAAACCAGCCACCGCCGUUUGUGGGCCCACCUUCAGAAGGGCCAUUCGGGUACUGUCCGCCUUGUAAUCCAGCAACAGCUCCGGCACCGGAGGUUGGGGUGGCUCAGGAGCUUUGGUGUGUGGCUAAACCUAAUGUUCCGGCGGAGACAUUACAAGAAGCGUUGGAUUAUGCUUGUGGGGACGGUGGUGCUGACUGUUCUGAGAUUACGCCACGUGGAAAUUGUUUUUAUCCUGAUACUGUUGUGGCUCAUGCUUCGUUUGCUUAUAAUAGCUAUUAUCAGAAGAAUAAGAGAAAUGGUGGGACUUGUAGCUUUGGAGGAACUGCUAUGCUCAUUAUUAGUGACCCAAGUUUUCUUCAUUGCAGAUUUCUUCUCAGCUAGAGAUAGGAAUGAUUCCAUGGAAGCUGGAGAUUUAUAAUGUUAGGUCUGUUAAUUCUUAGUAUUAGUAUGUAGUGAUUAAUUAAGUAGUUGAAAUUUAGGAAAUUUAAUUUUCAAGAAAUUUUGUUGUAAUUCUUGUUAUUAGUCAAGUUUUUGGUGCACAAAAUGAAGGAUUAAUGUUCUUUUGACAGAUUAAAUUAUGUCAUUUUCAAUCUAUUAGUCUCAAA